UUCACAUUUAAUAUGCACUCUAGGUCAAAAUCCACAUCCCACUUUGCAUUAUAAAACGAAAUCAUGCAUCAUCUUGUAUCAUUCAUCAAACAUACAAAUUGCAUUUCCUAAAUUUUACCAAUGAAAACCUUUAAAAAAUCUCUUGCCUACAUAUUUUCUAUCAUUGUCUUAGCUAAUACUACAUUAGUAGAAUCCUGCAACACAAUAGACAAAGAAGCGUUGCUUGAUUAUAAGCAACACAUUACUGAUGACCCAUCACAACUUCUCAAAACAUGGGUUGCCAACACAGACUGCUGCACUGCAUGGGCAGGCAUCGACUGUGAUCCUACCACCGGAAGAGUAGUUAACGUCUCGAUGUCCGGCCUUCAAUCCGGCGACGAUUUCAUCAUAGAUACUUCUAUGACAGGUACACUCUCCCCUUUCCUAGGCAAUCUUACCUAUCUUCAGUUCCUAGAUCUUAGUAAUAAUAAGUUGCUAACUGGUCCUAUUCCACUUGAAUUUGGCAAGUUGUCAAAUUUGAUGCAUCUUUUUCUAGACACAAAUCAGCUAACUGGUUCCAUACCCACUUCUUUUGCUCAACUCCAUAAGCUAAAAAGACUAUACCUUAGUGACAAUCAUCUCUCUGGUAUCAUACCCACUUCUUUGUUUCAAUCAAUGACCUCUUUGUCGGAAUUGGGCUUAUUUAAUAAUCGAAUUUCCGGAUCGAUUCCAUCAUCAAUUAUGCAUUUGACUGCAGUUACCAAAAUUGAUCUUCAUGGUAACAAUAUCACUGGUAAGAUUCCAAUUGGUAUAGGAAAGCUUAAAAAUCUUACAUACAUGGAUUUAUCAUUGAAUGAUAUAAAAGGAAGUAUACCAGAUUCCAUAGGUGAACUUUCCCAGUUAAAUCUUUUAUAUCUUAAUGAUAACAGGCUUACCGGACCCAUCCCCUCAUCCAUUGGCCGGCUAAUUUCUCUGCAAUUUCUCCGGCUUUCGGUGAAUAACUUAAGUGGUGUUUUACCAGAUUCCAUUGGUAAUCUUCCUCAAAUCCAAAGAAUGAAUCUAGAUAACAAUAUGAUCACUGGAAAAUUGCCAUCAAGUUUAGGAAAUCUUCCUGCAAUUACUGAUAUGUACUUCUCAAACAACCGCUUUAUUGGCCAAAUACCAAAAAGUUUUGGUAAUCUUAAGACACUCAUGUUUCUGGACUUAUCCGGAAAUCAGCUCACUGGUCCACUCCCUUCUGAACUUUCUAAACUACAGUUGUUACAAACACUGGGAUUAUCUAGUAAUCCACUUAAACUAGGAACAAUACCCAAAUGGAUAUCGAAAUUAAACGGCCUCUUAACGUUAACAUUAGGACAUACCGGGAUCAAAGGAGAGCUUCCCAAAUGGUUAUCUUCGUCAUCAAUAGGAUAUCUUGAUCUUUCAGAUAAUGAACUCACAGGAAAGUUACCUUCAUGGAUAGCAAAUAUGAGUAACCUAUGGUCUUUUAAUAUAUCUAAUAACAACUUUCACUCUAGUAUUCCUAUAGAAUUUAAAAAUCUUUCACAAUUGUUAAUCCUUGAUCUUCACUCAAACAAGUUUUCUGGUCCCUUGGGAAUUAUCUUCGAUAAGAAUGCUAAUGAACCACAAGGGCAUUACGACUCCAUCGAUGUGUCUAGCAACAUGUUCACUGGUCCACUUGAUGAAAACAUAGGUAACAAACCUGUUAUGAAUUCCAUUACUUCGUUGAUCUUAUCGAAUAAUCUAUUGGGAGGAUCCAUACCCAAGUCAAUCGGAAACUUGACCCAACUUCUAGUUUUGGAGAUGGUAGCGAAUGGGCUAUCAGGAAGAAUACCUGAAGAGCUUGGAAAUGCUAAGGAAUUGAGUACAGUUAUGUUAUCAAGCAAUACCUUAAGUGGAAGAAUUCCAAAGACAGUGUUGAAUUUGGAGAACUUGAAAGUAUUUGAUGUGUCAAGAAAUAAACUAAGUGGAGAAAUUCCUCCACACAAAGCUACUAUUCCUGCUUCAUCAUUUUCUGGGAAUUCCGGGCUUUGUGGUGCUCCCCUUGCUCCCUGUAACAGAUUGUAACCCAAAAUUCAGUUUAACAUGGAUUGAUAAUUUAUUCUGCAUUUGUAAGAUGUAAUUUGUUUUACUUAUUUUUCGUUAUUGUAUUCUAUGAAUUGAUAAUUGUCAAUAGUAAUAUAAUCCUGAAGAUGGGGAGAUCCAAUAAUAAAAUAAUUCUCAUGGAACUUUAUCA